AUGACGAUUCUCUCGAAAAUUUGGGCUCCAUCCAACUCGGUUCUGCUCCCCAGAGCCGCCACCCGUCACAUCAGAUUCCUCUCGACGACGUCCUCACUGAAGGCGAAGAUUUACGAGUCGCCCGAGGAAGCUGUCAAGGAUAUUCCAAGUGGAGCAAAGUUGCUAGUUGGAGGAUUCGGUCUUUGCGGAAUUCCAGAAAACCUGAUUCAAGCUUUAACAAAAACCGGUCAAACCGGCCUAACAUGCGUCUCCAACAACGCUGGAGUCGACAAAUGGGGCCUCGGUUUGCUGCUUCAAACUCGACAAAUCAAGAAAAUGAUCUCAUCGUACGUUGGCGAGAACGGCGAGUUCGCCCGGCAAUAUUUAAGUGGAGAGCUGGAAUUAGAGUUCACACCACAAGGAACACUAGCUGAAAGGAUCAGAGCAGCUGGAGCCGGAGUGCCAGCGUUCUACACACCGACGGGUUAUGGUACACAGAUUCAGGAAGGAGGAGCACCAAUCAAGUAUAGCAAAACCGAAAAAAUGAAGAUUGAAAUUGCGAGUAAGCCAAAGGAGACUCGACAGUUCAACGGGGUGAAUUACGUUCUGGAAGAGGCAAUCUGGGGAGAUUAUGCUUUGAUUAAAGCCUGGAGAGCAGACACAUUGGGAAAUAUUCAGUUUAGACACGCUGCUGGAAACUUCAACAACCCAAUGUGCAAAGCCUCGAAAUGCACCAUCGUCGAAGUCGAGGAAAUCGUCGAGCCAGGAGUCAUCGCGCCCAACGACGUGCACAUUCCAUCCAUCUAUUGUCAUCGUUUGGUACUUGGAAAGGACUACAAGAAGCCCAUUGAGCGUCCGAUGUUCGCUCAAGAGGGACCAGUGAAACCAGCCACGUCAUCUGCCGGGCGAUCCAGAGAAAUCAUUGCGGCUCGCGCGGCGUUGGAGUUCACCGAUGGAAUGUAUGCUAAUUUGGGAAUCGGAAUACCGACAUUGGCGCCAAAUUAUAUUCCCGAUGGAAUUACAGUUCAUUUACAGAGUGAGAACGGAAUUAUUGGAGUGGGCCCAUAUCCCAAGAAAGGAACAGAAGAUGCUGAUUUGAUCAACGCUGGAAAAGAGCCAAUCACUCUUCUCAAAGGAGCAUCGAUCGUCGGAUCUGAUGAAUCUUUCGCAAUGAUCCGUGGAUCACAUAUGGAUAUUACGGUUCUAGGAGCCCUUCAAUGCUCGCAAUAUGGAGAUUUGGCUAAUUGGAUGAUUCCAGGAAAACUCGUCAAGGGAAUGGGCGGUGCAAUGGACUUGGUCUCCGCUCCCGGCGCUCGUGUCAUCGUUGUCAUGGAGCACACAUCGAAGAAUGGAGAUCCCAAGAUUCUGAAGUCGUGCGAACUCCCAUUGACCGGAAAAGGAGUCAUCUCUAGAAUUAUCACUGAUAUGGCUGUGUUUGAUGUGGAUGUGAAGUCUGGGCUGACACUGCUUGAAGUACGAGAGGAUCUUACUGUAGAUGACAUCAAGAAGGCCACAGCGUGCGAGUUCACGGUUUCUGAAAAUCUCAAGCCAAUGGGACAAGCGCCAUUGAAUCAGUAA